UUGGCGGUUUUAGACGAACAAAGGCAGACUAUAAAUGGUGGGUAGCUUUUCUCCACUGAACUACCCCAAAGACUCUUGUUCACUUGUUUCACGCUAACCCAAACGACACUUUUGAAUUCUGAAAGCAACACAUUUUCAUUUCCAACAAGUUGGGAACUUUUAUCAAAUGGUUCUAUUUCUGGGCACAAUUCGCCCUUCCCCUUCUCUAUCCUGUUUUGCCCAUUUCAGACGCCAAAUCUCACUUAAAAGCUCUGCAAUUUCAGUUUCCAGAAAUGGGUUCUCUCCCUUUAGACGAUUUUUUCGGGCUUCUCUUCAAUCUGAUUCUGCAACUGAGGUUGCUGGAUUGCAGUUACCUGCUGACCAAUCUGAAAUCAUAUUUUUGGGGACGGGAACUAGUGAAGGGAUUCCACGUGUGAGCUGCCUUACAAAUCCUUUAAAGACAUGUCCGGUAUGCUCAAAAGCUGUGGAACCGGGUAAUAAAAAUAAAAGACUUAACACAAGCAUCCUUAUUCGUUAUCCUAGGGCCUCUGGAACAUGUAACAUUCUCAUAGAUGCUGGAAAGUUUUUUUAUCACAGUGCUCUUCGAUGGUUUCCUGCCUUUGGGAUAAGAGCGAUUGAUGCAGUUAUUAUUACUCAUUCUCAUGCUGAUGCAAUUGGAGGUCUUGACGAUCUCCGUGAUUGGACGAACAAUGUCCAGCCCAGCAUUCCAAUUUAUGUGCCCCAGCGUGAUUUUGAGGUGAUGAAGAAGACACAUUAUUACUUGGUGGAUACAAGUGUCGUUUUACCUGGUGCUGCAGUCUCAGAAGUGCAAUUCAAUAUCAUACAUGAGGAGCCAUUUGUUGUACAUGAUUUGCAGUUUACCCCUUUACCAGUAUGGCAUGGAACUGGUUAUCGUUCGCUUGGAUUUCGUUUUGGUAAUAUAUGUUACAUUAGUGAUGUUAGUGAGAUACCUGAAGAAACUUAUCCACUUCUGAAGGACUGUGAAAUCCUGGUUCUGGACGCUUUGAGGCCGGAUCGGUCUUCUUCAACACAUUUUGGACUUCCUAGGUCUCUGGAGGAGGUACGGAAAAUCCGACCAAAGAGAACACUUUUUACCGGUAUGAUGCAUCUGAUGGAUCAUGAAAAAGUGAAUGAUUAUCUUUUGAAACUGAUGGAGACAGAGGGUCUUGAUGUACAACUGAGCUAUGAUGGACUUCGCCUACCAGUAAUGCUCUAGCCUUUACUUGACAAAACCAAUUAUGUUAUGGAUUUCAACUCCAAAAUCCAAUUGGUCUCUCAUAAAAGAUCAUGAAAUAUUUUCAUGGAAUUGUCAUCUGCCCUUACAGUUAAUUCUUCCAAAGUUUACUGUUGAUAAUUGAUAUAAAUUAUGAUUUGUCAAGAAUCUAGAUGACAAGUUGUUUGAAUUAAUCUGAAUAAAGCCAUUUU